AACAACGCGAGUUCAGAUCGUCGCUUUAAGUCGCUGUUAUAACAACAACGCGGGCUUGGAUCAUCGGUUUAAAUCGCUGGUAUCACAAGAACGCGAGUUCAGGUCGGUUUAAAUCUUAGUUAACUUGAGUUAAGAUCGUCGUUUCAAAUCGCAGUAAUAAAAACAACGCUAGUUCAUCGGUUUUAAUUGCAGUUAUAACGAGAACGAGGAUUCAGAUCAUCCGUCGGCGUGUGUUAUAACAAGAUAGUAGCUUGAAGCAUUGGUUUGGAGCACAUUUUUAACAAGAUUUCGAAUCCUUUUUAUCUGUCUGUUUGAGACAGAUUUAAAACAUCGGUUUGAGUAGUGAUUGAAAGGCUUCAAGUAUUGUAUAAUCGGUUUUAUAAAGCUGUCUCAAACCAUCCACUGUAAUAUCAAAUCAUCUCUGAAAGUUUUUCAACAAACAUUUACGUGAAAUAAUUUUGUGAAUCACAAGUGUCUUCUAUUCAUCCAAUAAGGGAGAAAUGUUCAAUUAUUAAUAUUAUCAGCUGUAACAUACAUCAUUUAUUUGUUCAGUACCAAUUUCUUCUGUUGGAUGUUGCUAUUUAUUAUAAUAGGCUAUCAGUGUUGUUUAUUGUGACUGUUUUUUUGGUAGAAUCAUGAUAGUCAAAACUUAAGAAAUAUUUCUUUACCGGAGAUACUGUAUAAUUUGUGAAGAGCUAUUAUGAUAACUAAUAUAACCGGUGUUUGACCUACUUAUAUUCAAAAUAUUCUUUCCGAUGAAGUUAUAACUCUUGGUCGAAUUAAUUAUUCUCAAUUGAAUUUCUGAUUGAACUCUUACUGAUGAAGGUCAAUGUUUUUUCAUCUGUUUAUUCUGGUUCAAAACCUAGUAAUUAUUUGAUUGUUUUUCUUUCCAAGUGAUCGAAAUCUACCAAAUCAGUGUGGUUUCCGUUAUGACUUCCCUUGCAGUCGCGAUCUAUUGGAUAUCGUGACGUCAUGUUUGAUUUGAUGGAUUCAAUUGUGUAGAAACUAUUUUUGAAAUAAGUCUUGUUGUGACAUGGAUAGUGAACACUUGAUUGGCUGGCUGUUCCGGACUGUUGACGGCUUAGAGAAGGAUCUCGUUAAUUUAAUCCAUUCAUGUUCCAUUGGAAGGAGUGAGAUGCAGCGGAAUGAGGAAAACAUGACGUAGGCCUGCCAUGUUGCCACGUUGCCUGUACCUGCGACGUUGCUUUCUCUAUGUGAUCGGCUUCACGUGUUUCAUCUUCGUCAUUUCCAACUUUCGUCACAUCAGUCACGAUGCCACCAACUCGUUCAAGGAGCGUCUCAAGAGGCCUGACCUGUCAGCCAAUGGGGGAGUCACAAGCCCGCCACAACAGCAUGCCCUGCUCAAAUCUGUACUGCAACAGUCGAACUCAAUACUGCCGGUGGAGGAGCAAGAGAUGACACUGGCCGAAAUAAUGGAAGACGUAGCGACCGGCGACUAUCGCGUGCAGUCGCGCGACCAGCCGCCCGCGCCGAAGAAAGCCGACAACGUGGACCGGCCGUGGUACAUGAAGGGCGGCGUCAGGCGACCGCAGCCGGUCACGAUCAGUCGCAAGACCGGGCGACGAGUCGCGCGACUCUGGCCGCAGGAGGAACCCGGUGGCGAUCGCGUCACUAACCAGCUCAUGUUUGUGCCUCCCGAUAAUGGCAGGAAGAUUCCCAACAAAAAGAUAUUACUGUUCAACGGCCUGGGAACAUGGGGCGUGAAAGCUGGAUCAGAGGCCUUCAAGAAUUGUCCGGUUGACAGCUGUACAAUCACCUCGAAUCGAGCCGAGUCCAUGGACGCAGACGCCAUCUUCUUCAAGGACCAUUUCGUGCAUCCUGGACACCAUAAGCCCCAUCGACAGGUAUGGGCGCUCUACUUCCUAGAAUGUCCCUACCACACGCAGCACAUAAAGUACAACGACGUUUUCAACUGGACGGCGACAUACAGGCGCGACAGCGACAUAGUCGCGCCCUAUGAACGCUGGGAGUACCACGACUGGGCGCACACUGAGUGGACGGGCGCACCUCGCGACUUUACUACUAAUAAGACGCACAAGGUGGCUUGGUUCGUGUCGAACUGCGCCGCGCGCAAUAAUCGGCUACAGUAUGCACAUGAGCUGGCCAAACAUAUACAGGUUGAUAUAUAUGGUGCUUGCGGACGACUGAAUUGCCCUCGAUCUGCGGCAGAGAAGUGUUUCGAGAUGUUGGACACUAAGUACAAGUUCUACUUAGCCUUCGAGAACUCCAACUGCAAGGACUACAUCACUGAAAAGUUCUUUGUCAAUGGUCUUGGACGCAACGUGCUCCCAAUCGUGAUGGGCGCGCCACCCGAGGACUACGCCAAAAGCGCGCCCCGCCACUCCUACAUCCACGUGGACGACUUUGAGUCGCCCAAACAGCUGGCCGAGUACCUCCACAAGCUGGACCAGGAUGACGACCUCUACAACUCCUACUUCAAGUGGAAGGGCAUGGGAGAGUUCAUCAACACCCACUUCUUCUGCCGGGUCUGUGCCAUGGUCCACGAUGACUACCCCACAAAGUCCUACCGGGACAUCAACGAGUGGUGGAGGGGGGCGGGGGUUUGUACCAGCGGCACCUGGCGCAAGAGUAAGGGCUGGUCGCACAAUAGUAAGGUGCACGAGAACAUUUUUCAAUAGCUAAGGGGGUUUUUUCGGUUGGCAGGAUCGAAAAGUUGAAAAAACUCUCAAUUCUAGAGUCCGAUAUCCGAUGUAAGCUUGAAAUAAUAUUCAAUAGACGCGGUAUCGUACAGUAAGGUGCACAAUAACAUUUUCUAAUAGCUAAAAGGGUUUUUUUCGGUUGAAAGGAUCGAAAAGUUGAAAAAAAACUUUUAAUGUUAGAGUCCGAUAUGUGAUGUACAGUUGCAAUGCCCAAAAGUCGUGGUAGAGUCAGGUGCAAGUAGCCAUUUUCCAAUAGCUAAUUGUUUCUUCGGUUGGUAAAAUCGAAAAGUUGUAAAAAAACUUUCAAUGAUAGAGUCCGAUAUGUGAUGUAGAGUUGCAAUGCCCAAUAUUCGUAAUAGAGUCAAGUGCAAGUAACCAUUAUCCAAUAGCUAUGUCAUUUUUCGGCUGGGAGAAUCAGAAACUUAAACAUUUAAUCCUAGAGUUUGAUGUGAUGUAAACUUGUAAUAUUCAAAAGUUUGAUUGUAUGAUAAGAGAUGUCGUGGUAUUUCAUAAUUGAAAGAAUUGAAAGAAUAUUGAAAGAAUAGAGAACACAUUGAAAGAAUAAUACGUUGAUGUUGUCAAUACUGUAGGGCUACGACUAUUGACUAUAUUUAUUCAAAAUUAAUUAAAAUUACAGAAUCAGGUUUUAUGGCAAUACCUGCCACAUAUUCAGCUGAAGAUGCCACAUCUCCAGUUCAGCUGAAGAUGUGCCAGGUGUUGCCAUGAAACCUGGUUCUGUAAUUUGAAUCAAUUUUGAACGAAUAUAGAGUGAAUAGUGGUAACGUAUUGACAACAUCAGCGUCCUAUUCUUUCAAUAUUCACAAGUCGCGGUAGAGUUAGGUGCAAGUAACCAUUUUCCAAUAGCUAAGGGUAUUUUUUCGGUUGGGUGGAUCGAAAAGUUGAAAAACUUUCAAUGCUAGAGUGUGCAACCUGGGUCGAUGUCAAACGAGGCAAACGACAGAAGAGUCCUGCGACAGUCGAGACCAGCGACGGUACAGACCUACGACAUUCGAGACCUGCGACGGUAGAGGACUCCUGAAAAAGAGGUCUCAAAUGUCGCCUGCCUUAGGCGACAGUUGAGGCCUCUCUAAUUUCUAUACAGCCCCGACAGUCGAGACCUGCGACGGUAGAGGAUUCCUGAAAAAGACGCCUCAAAUGUCGCCUGCGUUAGGCGACAGUAGAGGAUUCUUCAAUUUUCGUACACUCCCGACAGUCGAGGCCUACGACCGUAGAGGACUGGAAAACAGUCCUCUACUGUCGCAGGCCUCGACUGUCGUCGGUCUCGACUGUCACGUCCCCGUGCAACCUACUUGUAAUAUUCAAUAGAAGCAGUGCACGUAACCAUUUUCCAAUAGCUAAGGGUGUUUGUUUUUCAGUUGUGAUUUUCGGAAAUUGGGAAAAAUGUAUUGUAUAAUGUUAUAUGAUUCAAUAAUGUGAUGUGAAUAUAAACUUGUAAUGAUAUACCAUAAUGCAGUAAUAGAUUUGGGAGGUAUGUUCCGAUCGGCAAGAUCGGAUAGUUGUAUUAUAAUAUUAUUAUGUAAUGUGAACUUCUAAUGAAAUAUCUAUCAUAUUCAACAAUAGAAGCUGAGGGAGUUUUCUCGGUGGGUAAGAUCUAAAAGUGACAAGACCUUAUGUUACAAUGUAAUGUAAACUUAUUAUGAUAUUUUUGUGAGACUGUGAUAGUCUAUGUGUGAGUGUAUAUUAACAAUCGCUUGUAAUAUUGAGUACAGUAUUCCAUAGAGAAUAUUUCUGAAGAAAUUAUCGAAUCAUGAUAGCAUUGAACAGCAGUUGCUAAAUAAUGUUGAAUGGUUCAUGGUACUGUUGAUUUCCGAAUAGAUCAUUAUGAAGUCGAUCUCAAAAUCGUAUUAUUGAGAAGCUGAAGAUAGAAAUAGUUUAAGAAUUGUGACAUGUUAAGUGAAUGGUUACCGAUAUAUUUAACUAUCAGGACAUGAACAGGUAAAAUUAUUGUUAACAUGUAACAUGAGUAGGUAGUUCACAGGAAAUUAAUUGUCACAGUUUAAAAAUUGUGACAAGUCAAGUGAAUACUUACAAAUAUAUUCAACAAUCAGAGCAUGAACAGGUGAAAUGAUUUUCAACAGGUAAUAUAAGUAGUUUACAGGUAAUCAAGUGGAAGAUGAACAAUAACAAUCCAUACUUCUGUUUGAGUUAAGGCUUAUGUCCACUGUCCUACAGGUAAAGGAGAAGAGCCUUAGUGGAACAUGCAAAAGUAGGUGAAAUUUAAUAAACCGUAUCUUCACUUGCAUCCAGUACCCACAUGCAAUUUGCCCACAGAACUCAUGCAAUUUGUUAGUAAUUGAAUGUAAUUCAAUUUUGCAUAGUACCUAGCUUCCAUAGCUAUGUUUUUAGCAUGGAAAUCUUUUCAUUUUUUUGGUGUCUGUUAACAUUUUUUUUAGAUUUUCAGACAAAUAAUGAAAUAAAUUAUGGGAGGUGAGAGGUCUCGAUACAAUAGAGUUGCUUAUUUUUCUAGGGACUUGAUAGUUCAGUUUUGAAAAAGGAAGCUGUUAUCAGUUGAAAAUUAAUUCAAGAUUGAACUAAGUUAUUAAAAAUGUAGAAUGAGACAAGAUAAUAUUCUCUUGUGCUUGAGCGUUCAUAGAAAAUGAGGUUCCAAAAUAACAAAUUCAAUUAUAUUCAUAUUAUUAUGUACUAUAUGGAUGAAUAAGAUUUGAUCAAGUUUUUAUAUUAUGUAGCUUCUAGCCAACUGCAAUUUCAAAGCAAUAUUUUUCAUUGAAUUAGUCUAAUGGAUGAAUUAAUUUCAUAAAACACUUCCAAGCGUAAUGUUUAAAAUAAAUCCCAAAAUUCAUGUAAACUGUGACUAAAACUUAUACCGUAACACAAAUCAACUGUUCAAAAAAUUGAGAAAUUCAAAUUUGAGAAGCAAGAACAAAAAGUACAAAAUAUUUAUAAAAAAUAAUCGCAGAGGCCUAUCUUACACAAUAUGGUGGUUUUGAAUGAAUAGUUGAUAUAAACUACUGAAGUCAUCAAUAAAAACCUCCAGAGAAUGAUCAACCACCAAAUAUAUGAGUUAUGCAGCUUCAAACAUAAAAUAUGCAAAUUUUCAAAUAGUCAUAUCUCAUGAACGGUACCGAAUUUUGCAAAUCUGAUUCCAGACCUUAUGCUCUUUGAUGCGAGAAGCACGAAUCUGGAAUCCGAUUUGCAAAAUUCCUUAUCGUUCAUUAGAUAUUGCAUAUAUACAAAUUUUAUGUUUGAAGCUGCAUAUCUCAUAUAUGCUUUAAUGACUGGCUAAUUAGAAUUGUCUUUUUAAAGUCAUUCAAAAUUAUUCUAACUCUGAAGCUUAGAAGAAAGCGUGGAAGCAAAUUAUAGAAAAAAUAGAGCAAACUUAUUAUAGUUGUUGAAUCAACUGUGAAAAAUAGUAGCAGUGAAAAUCAAUCCUUAGAUUUUUAUGCAAUUCUAGUCAUAAAGUCAUUAUAACUAGAUUAAGAUUCAAGAUACUCCUAUUUAUUUCUCUAAAAAAGUUUGAGAUUAGGAAAGAGAUGUUGUCACAAGGCAUAUUUUAUUUGGCAAUUUCCAGUUUUUUCAAAAGUAUAAAAGAAAUUGAACAACUAAUCUCCUUGAACUGUAUUAUUUAUUAGUGUCUCAUGAUUUUCCUGCAAUGAAUUUUAUCUCAUUUGUAUUAUCACUACUCAUUUUUAUCAAUUUACCAAUUGAAUUGUUCAAUUUGAGAAUCCUUUGGUUGACUGCCAUUUUCAUUCUUCUAGCCUUUUUGUGAUAGCAUUUGUUGCCAGAAUCUCGAUUGUAAUAUGCUUAUUUCAUUCCUGAAAUUGAUGUAUGUGAGCAUGAAUUUGUAUAUGAGAUUUUGAUAGUGAAUUUCAACAAAUUGAUUUCAAAAACUGAAAUUGUACCCAUUUGGUUUUGAUUAAAAUUCUAUCAAGGCCGGAUCAUUUUUGUAGAUAAUUCAUUUUCAUACAAGGCAGUAUCUAAUAUAAGUGAGUAAUUUCAAAUAUUAAAUUAUAAUCAUUCAUAAAAUCAGUUAGUUCAAUUGUAAGUUAGUAGGAAAUAUUAUAACAAGAGACUGGUUCAUCGUCAUUCUAUUAAAAUCAAGAGAGAAUCAAAUUAUUCAACUGCAAUGAUUGUCACAUGCAAGUCAGGAUAUUGAUUUUGUAUAAAAAAUAAUAUUAUUGUGCAAUAGUUGUGUAAAUAAAUCAAAAAGUGAGUAAUUUUUCACUGUUACCAAUGGGAGAGUGCAUUAAUAAGAUAACCAUUGAUUUUUCACGAUAAGAAUUUCUGUUCCUAAAGCCUUAAGAAUUUUAAUAGCAAGAAAUAAUCUGUUACUCUAUAAACUAUUACUAUAUUGGCUCUUGAAAAAAAUAGUUGUUAUUCUUUAUUGCUGAUAAUAGUUAUGCUAGUUAUUUGGUUAGACCAAGCUAAUGUCUAUGAAUCAUAUUCCAUCAUAUAGUUUGUCAAGCUAAUGUUAUGAUAUUUUAUUUAUUUGUGAUAUUUUUUAUUCAGAGCUUUUUUUGCUAUCACCAUUUUUAGUCAAAAGCAAUCAAGCUAUUUUUGAAAGAACACGAAUUCUCUAAACAUUUUGUUGAACAGAUGAAAAAACUAUAUUAAAAUUAUGUUUAACAAAAUGUAUUGAAUAUCAUCAAAUACCGUAACAUGAAAUAUUAUUUUACAGAAGGAAGUAUACAUUUUUCAGAGGUAACUCAACCUUUUUACCUGUAUUGGGGAAAGACAAAACUCAGAAAAUUGUUAUUCAACCUUUUCCAUGUAUUUUAGAACGCCUUCAAAAAUUAGUUAGUAUUUAAAAUUUUAAUUAACAGUACCGUAAUUCGAAGCUUUAGCUUUGAAACAAACCUCAUCUGGAUAAAAAACAGACAAGAUGAGCGCUACUAAUGAGAAAGUGAAAAUUCUUGAGAAAAGGAAGUUUGAUAUUUCAUAUUAUUGAAUUUCAGCGUUUUCAGAGUUGAAAACGAAAACUGAAACUGACAAUGUUCUUAUCUGACAAUAAAUCUGAGAUCACCAGUUUUUUUAUACUGCGUUUUAAUAAUUUAUUCAAAUAUUCAAGUUAAUGUUAAUUCAAAUAUUCGCAAAUUAAUUAGCAAAGACACUGACUGUAUUUGCAAUUCGCAAAACGUUGCAUAAAACACUCUAAAACACUUUGAUAUUCUAAAUCAACAACCGCAAAUCCAUCAAUUAUAUUAGAAAUUUUAGUAAUAAAUCGAAAUCGGUCGAAAAAUAUGAUUAUUAAUUGCAAUAAUUUAAAAUCGAAAGUAGAAAUACUAUUCUGAGUUCUAUUUGAAUUAACAUCAUAGCUGAUAUGAGGUUAAUUUAAUAAUCAACAAUCAGGUUCCAAUAAUGAAUUUUUGAUAGCAUUAAUAAAAAAAUUCAAGUGGUUCAAGUAGGAUUGAUAGUAUUUCUAGUGGAUUAAAAAAUAGUGUUAAAAAAUAGAAAAUGUGAAUCACAAUGCUUUUAUGAGGAAUCUUUUUUAAAAAAUGUCUAGAGAGUAUAAUAUAUUUGAAUUUCAUAGUCGGCAUUGUAGCAUAAUAUUCCAUAAAUACCCUUAUAAAAAUAGUAAAGGUUUGAGAAUUGAUUGAUUCUUGAAGUCAAAUCUUCAACAAAACAUUCAUUUUAAAAUUGAUUUGGUUGAGAGCUACUUGUAUUGAACAAGAUUACUUGAUUUCUUCAAGCAUCACAUUAAUUGAAUCAUGAAAAUGUUAUUGUGAACGGUAGAGGUUUAGUUCCAAAGAGUAUAGAAUGUAAUUACAUUCUAAACUCACUGUUUAGUUUGUGAAUCCUGAAAAACGAGUGAAUUGCCAAGUCGUAAUAUUGCUUUAAAUUUUUAGAUAUUUUUUCCAAGAGCAUAAAUUUCAUGUUAGUCUCAUACACAUGAAGCUCCUAGCUCCUUGUAUAAAAUUCAAUGUCUACUUGGCAUUGCUAUUCCAAGUAUUGCGAGGAAAAUUUCUGUAUUUAUGUAUUUCUCAUGAAACUUCAUUUCCACUGAAGAAUGAUUGACCACUACCUCCGUAAACGUGUUUACGGAGGUAGUGGAUUGACAAGCUUCAUAAUAAGAUGAUAUUUUGUAGAAAAUACAAGGUACGGGUUUUAAAAAUGUAAAAGUUUUUCAUAAGAAUAAAUAUUGUAAUGAUAGUAUUGCAUCAAUAUUGUACUUAACAGAAAUGUAUAUAGAUAUUCGAAUAUUGUAAAGUGAUUUCUAAAAAUGCUGUAUGUUAAAGAUGUAACAUUAUUAUUUGUUCUAGUCAUGGAUUAUUAUUUUAUAUAACGUAUAUGAAAUAUAAUUAUAAUAUGUUAAGCACAGCUAGAAAAGCACACCAAAAUUUCCUAAGCACAAUACAAAAUGGUGCUGAACGUAAUUCAUAAGGAUUGUUAAUUUUCUGUCGAAGAUUGUGAUGUCGUUAGUUUCAAUAAAUAUCAAAUUUUCAAUUGGA